AUGGCUGGUCGAUUUGUUCGAGCGUCCAAGUACCAGGCUGACGUGCGUGGUUGCGCUCUUACUGCAGGACACAUCUUUGGCAAGCCCACCAAGAAGGAGUUCUGCUACGAUAACCUGCGCAUCAGUCGGAAUGCCUGGGACACGAACCUGGUGAAGGCCAACGCCGAGUACCUGUCGGUCAAUUGGGAGUCGUCUGGAGGCGGCGCCUUUGCCGUCAUUCCUCUGAACGAGAAGGGAAAGGCACCCGACCAGAUCCCGCUGUUUCGCGGCCACACGGCGACGGUCCUCGAUACCGACUGGAACCCGUUCAACGACCACAUCAUCGCGUCGGCUUCGGAGGAUGGCAAGGUCUUCAUCUGGGAGGUCCCCGAGGGCUUUUCGCUGUACACGGAUGCCGAGGUGAUUCCUGACGUAUCGCCCGUCAGCAAGCUCGGAGGACACACGAGGAAAGUCGGGCAGGUCCUGUUUAACCCCGCGGCCGAAAACAUUCUCGCCUCUGCCUCGGGCGACUUCACAAUCAAGCUCUGGGACGUUGGCACCGGCCAGAGCCACCUCACCCUGCAGCACGCCGACAUCGUACAGAGCCUGUCAUGGAACGCGAGCGGCAGCCUCCUCGUGACGACGUCGAGGGACAAGAAGAUCCGGGUGUGGGACGUCCGCCAGGAGAAGCCGGUCCACGAGGCCGCCGGCCACACGGGAGCCAAGAACAGCAGAGCUGUCUGGCUGGGCGAGCACAACCGCUUCGCCACCACGGGCUUCUCCAAGAUGAGCGAGCGCCAGAUUGCCCUGUGGGAGCCUGGCCGCAGCGAUCCCAUCGGAGGAUUCCAGCACCUGGAUGCCAUUUCUGGUGUCUGCAUGCCUUUCUGGGAUGAGGGAUCCAACUGCCUUUACCUUGCUGGCAAGGGUGAUGGCAACAUCCGCUACUUUGAGUACGAAAACGACAAGUUUGAGUACCUGAGCGAGUACAAGUCGGUUGAUCCGCAGCGAGGUAUCGCCUUUCUUCCGCGUCGCGCUAUCAACGUUCACGAAAACGAAGUCAUGCGCGCCUUCAAGACGGUAAACGACAGCUACAUCGAGCCCAUUUCCUUCACCGUGCCCCGCAGAGCAGAGACGUUCCAGGCCGACAUCUUCCCCCCCGCCGUUGGCCUCCGACCUGCCGUCAGCGCCAAGGAGUGGCUCGAGGGCAAGACUGGGCUUCCUCCCAAGAUCGACCUGGAGAGCAUCUAUGAGGGAACAGCCCCCAAGGAGGUUGCUGCCGACUACCAGCCACCGGCGCCAGUGGUGCCCAAGGCCGAGCCCAAGAAGGAGGAGGUCAAGGAGGAGCCCAAGCCGGUGGCGCGAGCCCCUCCCCCGAGCGUCAGUGACCAGAAGUCGUCCAUUGCCGCCAUGGCCAACAAGUACCAGGACGCCGAGGAGGCGGAGCCCAAGGAGGAGGAGCCGUCCAGCUUUGACGACGAGGUCAAGCCGGCCCAGCGAAACCCUCUGCCCAUCCGAGCCGAGACGAAGCCAGCAGCUCCUGCAGCCGCCACUUCUGCCCCGGCUCCCGUCAAGCCUGCAGCCUCUGCGGUAUCGUCCACGCCCGCUCCCGCUGCUGCUGCUGCUGCUGCCCCGGCAUCCGAUGCCAGCGCCACCUCCUUGAGCGAGAUUAAGGAGCUCAUUGAGAACCAGACCAAGGUGAUUAGCGCGCAGAACGACCAGAUUGGCCUCUUGACGUCCGAAGUCGAAUCCCUCAAGAAGCGGCUCGGAUCAGGAUCCCAGGAUCAGAGCGAGCGAAUCAGGCAGCUGGAGCUGGAAUUAGAAGAGGCACGAUCGUAA